AUCCGUAGCUAAGCUCAGUGUGGCGGCCUACGUGUUUCCGAGGUGUUUUCGUGGUCCUACCGUUAGCCAGUGCCUGGAGAGCCAUACGGAGUACACACAAACCAGAAAUGGGGUUCGUGUCGUUUGAGGAUGUAUCUGUGGACUUCACUUGGGAGGAGUGGCAGGACCUGGAUGAUGCUCAGAGAAACCUCUACAGGGAUGUGAUGUUGGAGACCUACAGCAGCCUGGUGUCCUUGGGUCAUUGCAUUACUAAACCUGAGGUGAUUUUCAAGUUGGAACAAGGCUCUGGGCCAUGGAUGGUAGAAAAAGCUGCGAACUGGAACUGCCGAGAUGUCCAAAGAGCAAAUACUCUGAAUGAGACCAGACAAAAAAAUCAAGAGAGACAUUUGUGGCAACUCGUAAUUACCAACACCAGUACAUCAACUGAGAAGAGAGUUAAAAUAGGAACAAUAUUUAAUGUGAGCUCAAACCAUGUUACAAGUCUGACUAUAAAGAAUGGAAACUCUUCAGGAACGAGGUUAAAGGUGCUUAAUGUGCGGCAGAAUGUCCAUCUCCCUAGUAAGCCUGAUGAGAUGCAAGCUGGAAAGGAACCUGAUGGUCUUAAUGUAACUAGAAAGGCCCUCAGACAUCGUGAGCAUAACAACAUUCAGAAUGAGCAACAGCAUUUUCAAUAUUGUGGACAAGAAAAAGCCUUUAGCAUGAAGGCAUUGUGGACACAUAAGAGGUUUCAUGUGGGAGAUACUACCAGUAAAGUCAGUGAAUAUGGUAGAGCCUUUAAUAAAGUAACACAUACUGCUCAAGAUCUGACUCAGGAAAAGAAGGAAACUUCUACAUAUAAUGUAUGUGGGAAAACUUUCUAUAAAAAGUCUAGACUUACCAAACAUGAUAAAAUACAGAAAGGACAGAAAUUUGAAUGUAGUGAUUGUGAGAAACCUUUCAUUAAGAACUCAUGUAUUACAAAACGUCAGAGAACACAUACAGGAGAAAAGCCCUAUAGAUGUAAUGAAUGUGAGAAGAUUUUCUGUCAGAAGAUACAACUGAAUGUGCAUCAGAGAAUUCACAGAGGAGCAAAAGCCUAUGAAAGUUAUGAAUGUGGAAAAAACUUUAAGCAGAAGCAAAACUGUAGCAGGUUCCAGAGAACUCACACAGGUGAUAAACCCUAUGGUUGUAAUUUAUGUGGAAAAACCUUUUAUCGGAAGUCACACCUCUACAGGCAUCAGAGAAUUCACACAGGUGUGAAACCUUAUGAAUGUAAAGAGUGUAGGAAAAGCUUUUUCCAUAAGUCAUCUCUCACUAUACAUCAGAGAACUCAUACAGGUGAGAAGCCCUAUGAAUGUAAAAAAUGCAAGAAAACUUUCUACUGUAAAUCAGACCUGACUGUACACCAGAGAACUCACACAGGUCACAAACCAUAUGCAUGUGAAGAAUGUAGGAAAACUUUCUACUCUAAGUCACACCUCAGUAUACAUCAGAAAAUUCACACAGGUGACAGACCAUAUGCAUGUGAAGAAUGCAGGAAAACUUUCAACCGUAAAUCAAAUCUCACUGUACACAAGAAAACUCACACUGGUGUUAAACCAUUUGAAUGUAAUGUAUGUGGAAAAACCUUUCAUCGGAAGUCACACCUCUGUAUGCAUCAGAGAACUCACACAGGUGAGAAACCAUUCGAAUGUAAAGAAUGUAGGAAAGCCUUCUAUCAGAAGUCAAGCCUCAUCAGGCAUCAGAGAAUUCACACAGGUAACAAACCAUAUUCAUGUGAAGAAUGUAGGAAAACAUUCCUACAUAAAUCAUCCCUCACUGUGCAUCAGAGAAGUCACACAGGUAACAAACCAUAUACAUGUGAAGAGUGUAGGAAAGCUUUCUACUGUAAGUCGCACCUCACUGUACAUCAGAGAAUUCACACAGGUGAGAAACCCUAUGAAUGUCAAGAAUGUGAAAAGGCCUUUCACCAGAAAUCAUACCUCAGCAGGCAUCAGGUCACUCAUGAAAAUGAGAAGCGAUUUGAAUGUAAAGAAUGUAGAAAAACUUUCUUCCAUAAAUCAUCCCUCAAUGUGCAUCAGAGAAUUCACAUGCGGGGAAAUCCUAUGAAUAUAUUAAAUGUGGAAAACUCUUUUACCAGAAGCCAACUUCACCAGGCAUCAGAUAGUUCACACAGGGGAGACAUCCUAAAAAUGUAAUGAAUGUAGGGAAGUACUAUGAGAAGGUACACCUCAUCAAGUAUCAAGGAAGUCAUAUUAAAAUCUGCAUAAUACAGACUGGCUUUUUUUUUCCUUUUAGUAGGAUGCAUCCUGCAUUUUGUAGUCUCUCCUUACCAUGUGUGUGACCAUAUAAUUCAGCUCUAUAGUAGAUGUGGAUAUUUAUGAUGAUCAUUACACUUAGGAGCCCACACAAAGUUCUUUCUCCAUUAUGUUCUUUCUUUUUGAGUUCUCAUGUACCCUGAGCCUCACGUGAACAUGACCCCCAAAGAUGGCCUUGGAAGCCACUAAUAGAAGGUCACUGAUUUAAGACAAAUGUAACUACUUGAAGAGAGCAGAGUUAUUCCCAUCUCUAUUCCUUUUUAGUUUAUGCAAGUGAGAAAUACUCUGUUGAACCGUUACGCAUGAUGUGUUUACAUUACAGUGCAAACCCAGUGUAGCUAAUUCACUUUAUAAACUGAGAGAAGUUAGCUGUGCUUUUACAUUGCACAGUUAACAGAAGAGAAACCUGUGCUUUCAUCUUUUAUUAUCAUGUUAGUUUAUAGGAAAUAAAAACAGUCAUGCAGAGAAAGUUCAAUAAAUUGAGAUUGCUUUAUCAAGCACACAGUUUCAUUGAACAUCUUGACUAAGUUAAAUCUUUAUAAAGUGCUUCUGCAAAACUUCCAGCUUUCAUACUUCAGAAGGAAAUUCAGAAGGAAAACUGAAUUUCUGUAAUUUGGAUGUUAAUUUUUGAGUGGAAAUGUUACAGUAUUGGAAAUUAUUUAAGAAUACAUAUCAAUCAAUAAAUAAAUAUGAAAGACAAAUAUUGCCUGUCAGAGUACAUUGGGUUGUGUCUCAGGUCAUCAGUGGAGAUUGGGAGUUGUCACUGGCAUCUAGUGGAUAGAGGGCAGGCAUGCUUUUUAAACAGCUUCACAUAUAUACAGUUCACGUAUGCAAGUAUUUGGUAUGAGAAGAAAUUUUCAGCAGUACUGUGUAAUAAUUUGUGGGGUGAAGAGUAUACUUCAGUGGUAGGUAAUAUACAUAGCAUCAUGUAAU